AUGUCCCCUCGCCUAGUCAACGAACGGCAGUACGACGCCCUCCUUCGCCAAUCCCGCCUUGCGGAACCUCCGCUCGUGGGAGUCUCGCACCUUCCCCCCAAGGAGCUCGCGUCCUUCGCGCCGCCAGUCAGCGCCGACCGCCAAGCGCGCAUUCUCGCCCCCGUGACAGCGACAAUCUCGACCCUCUGCAAAAAGCUCGACGACAAACUCCACGACACCCAUCUGCUCGGUCUGGGAGACUCGGAGUGGUUUUGUGACUUGUUCUUUCACCUGUCGAGGAGGCUGGACGAGAUGAACAAGGGCACCGAGCUGAAGAAGGAGACGUAUGCACGGGCGAUUGAUGCGAAACUUCGAGGCGACGUCGAGGACCAGAUUCGAGGCAAGUCGGCGCGUGUUCGCACGAUUGGCGGUCUCAUCGUCCAGACGCUUCAAGAGCUGCUUGAGAUGCUGGAGAAGGGCGAGCAAGUCCCGCACGACUUCCUGUGGAAGGACGUCGUCUCGCUCGAGCACAUCGACCUCGACAUGCUUGCCUGGGUCGCGUACUGCUCCAACCCAAAAGGCGCAGGCUGGCAGGGCCUCCUCCGCCGUCGCAAGCCCGGCGUCGCCGUCUCGAACCGCCGCAUCGCUCUCCACCGCGGCUUCUCCCUCCAACACUCGUCGAAGCCAGAGUUCCAGGUCGAGUCGCGCCAGGACUCGGGUUUCUCGACGCACUACGACGAUUUGCUCAAGGCGCAUCCCUCGGGUUAUCACUAG